AUGAGUUCCUCCGACGUACGCGACGUUCUCAACCUCCCGGAUGGGAACGGCGCCAACAACCAUGGUGGAGGUGGUGCUGCUUCCGCGGCGCGACCGGUCAAGAAACAGAAACUCUCGGCUCCCCGACCCAACCUCAAGGGUCUGGCACGUGAGGUGCAUAAUCUGGGAGGCGACAGCCCCAUCUCCAUCGUCCCCGAGGUGACGGCCUUCAAGAAGAGGAGGCUGGCGAACCGCAAACCCACUGCACGCUGGGAACUAUCGGCGUUCCGAAACUCGGCGCGUGACGACCCGAGCCUCAUCCUCAGGCACUGGAAACGGAGGGGCGGCGUCGGGGCCGCUGCAAAGCCACAUGCACCGGGAGAUGCAGCAGCAGCAGCAGCAGCAGCAGCAGCAGCAGCAGCAACAACAACAGCAGCAGGUACUGCCGCCUCUAAGCAGGAGGAGGAGGAUGAUGAUGAUGAUGAUGAUGAGAGGAAGAACAAGGCAGAGAAGGAGGAAGAGGUGGAGGACUCAGCAUUCGCCAAGUUCAAUGUGCACGUGCCGAUACCGCGCUACACAGACGAGCAGUACAGACAGUGUCUCGCAAGCGACGACUGGACGCGCGAGGAGACGGACUACCUCAUGGGUCUGGCGGGAGACUACGACCUACGGUGGCCCAUAAUCUGGGACCGGUACGAGUGGACGCCGCCGGCCACCGACGGCGCUGCGGCCCCGCGCACCGGUGAGAAGGGUCAGGGGCAAGAGGUGGAGGGGGAGGGGGAGGAGGAGGAGGAGGAGGAAGAAGAGGAGACCAAGGCGAUUGUGCCGCCCAGCAGGACCGAGGCCCGGUCACUCGAGGAUCUCAAGGCUCGGUACUACGAGGUGGCGGCGCGGAUGAUGGCGCAGCAGAAGCCGGUGCAGUACAUGUCGCAGGCCGAGUUCGCUCUGCAUGAGAUGAUGGCGCACUUCAACCCGCAGCAGGAGAAGGCGCGCAAGGAGUUUGCGCUCAACGCACUGUCACGGUCGCGCGACGAGGCCCGCGAGGAGGAGUCCCUCCUCCUCGAGGUGAAACGCAUCCUCGCCCGCUCCGAGCGAUUCAACGAGGAACGUCGCGAGCUCUACAACCGCCUCGACUACCCCCACGCCGAGACGGACAUCAACAACUUCAAGUCCUCGGCCGGUCUGCAGACCCUCCUGCAGAACCUAAUGACGGCGGACAAAUCCAAGAAGCGGAAGUCUCUCAUGGGUGCCACCGCCACCGCUUCCGUCGGUGGUAUCGUCGACCCAGCUGGCACUUCUUCCGCAUCAUCAUCAUCGGCAGCAGCAGCAGCGGCGGCGGCGGCGGCGUCGUCAUCAUCUCAAGAUUAUCAUCGCGGGAAUCACUCCCGUCGCGAAAGCACAGCCACAUCCACGGCAGCCCAAACCCCAACACCCACAACAGCCAACGCGCCCACGACAGCAGCAACAACGACGGCGACAACGACUACGAACAACAAGAAGGGCUCAUCAUCACACAACCAACAGCAUCAACAAAAUCAGCAGGCCCAGGCUCAGGCCCAGGCUCAACAGCAACAGGCAGCGCUGGAGAAGCCCAAGCUGACGGAGAAGGAAGAGCUGAUCUACGGCGUGACACACCACGACCGUCUGGGCUCCGGCCCGCUCUUCCGCACCGAGAAGAUCAACAAGCUCUUCUCCCACAAGUCCAACCAGCAGCAGAUGCGCAUCAACAACGUCCUCAACGAGCUAGACGUCCCCGCCAAGCUGGCCAUGCCUACGGCCUCGACGACGCUACAGCGGCCGCCGACCAGGACAAGGAUGAGGAUAAAGGAGACCAGGAAGACGACGAGGAGCGCUAGUGUUCUCAGUGGGGUCAGUGACAAGAGUGCCAAGAGGCAAAAGAAGUGA